AUGGCGGACCGUAGCAACAGUAUAAACAAAGAGAAUGAAGGCGUGAACCUGCAGAUAAUUGAUCGGUUUACUGUUCAAGAAUUGAAGAGUUUUUUGCGCCAGCAUGACCAGCCAGUUAGUGGACGAUCAGCUGAAUUAAAGGAACGUGCGAAAGGUGUGUUGAACCUUGGUAUCAGACGGAAAGAUAUACUACAGCGGGAAGAUGAAAGACAAUCCACUAUCUACCAAGCCCGUAAGUUCGUGUCCCCUCUUGGCGAAAUUUUACCCCACCCAUCCACAUUGAAGAACUGGACCGACAAUGUUAGGCAGAUACCUAUGUUUCUAGAAGAUGCCUUAUAUAAUUACCUUGUUCUGAACAGACAGCGGACGUUUGAUAAUGAUCCAAUGGGUGCUGUUAAACAACUUAAAGCAAAGAAAUGUGGAGAAUCGUGCAACCAUGUGGCAGGUCUUCUAUAUGGCUUAGUUGACAUCACAGAGAAGAAGCAGUCUGGGGAAUUAGCGCCAACCGCUGAACCAUGUAAAUGGAGCCAGCCAAGAAAGAGGAAAUUGUCCCCCAAAAAGGCAGAACAGAUGAAAUUUCGAAAAUGCACAAAUACUGGUAAUGCUGAUAAAUCAGACUACACAUCAUUCCGACCAUCUGGAGUUCAGCCACCAUUGGAUAGGGAUUCGUUCCUAGCAGAGAUGAAGGAAGUCUUGCCAAAUGCAGGGUACAUGAAGCUGUUUCCAAAACAGAAAGCUCCAGAACAUGUCUUACAAGAGUGUUGUUUACCAGAACCAAAAUUUAAUUUUCAUGAUAGUGUGGACUUGUCUUCAAGUGCUUGUCAGAUUGAAUUUGAUAACUAUGUACAGGAUUUGAUAGACAAUAGUGCAUGUACAGAUACUAUUGAGGGAUUGACCAAAGGACAGAGUACAAAUGAUGUCUGGCUGAAAGCAAGAAUAGGGCAUCGCGUUUCGGGGUAG